UCGCACCUUUGUCCCAUUCUGUCCACUCUUGUCCACUCGCGCCUUUUCCGACAGUCGCUGAUCAAAAUGUACGCGGGAGCAGAGAUAGAUUCAGACUCUGCUCCUUUGGCUCACGUUUACGUUGGCCUCCCCCUCUUCGCCUAGCCGCCUGCAGCUGGUGCAGCUGCCCUGAUUCCUAAUUUGAAUUUGAAUUCAAUUCGCCAGAGCAGCCCGCCGACAGACGUGUGCUGUUGCUUGGUGCUGCUUGCUCGUGCAAGCUGUGCACGCUCAUUUGGCAUUCGCUUCUCGAUCUACUGGAUUUCUGCCCUCGCACCCCAUGCCUGACGUUAACGCUGACUAUUCUUCCUUUUUUAAUCUAUAUGCGGUUAUUUUCUGUCGUGUAUGUUGCCGCCCGGACAGGUAUAAGUGAUCGCCCUUUAUAACUUACGCCGAUGGAACCGUAUCACCUCGUUCUUCACCGCGUCUGCUUUUUAGACUCUUCGAUUCCUCCUACGCCUCCUCCAUCGUUCGGACACCUCCUGCCCGUCUAGUCCACACACACACGUACAUCCUCACCUGCCACUGCUUCCCCGACGCCGCACGUCCCUCCGCCUAUCGACUUUCCCGUCUCCCGUCUCCGUCCCUUUCCCUCUUCCCUCCCGACGUUCAAUGUGCAACGCGCACUUCCAGCAUUACUUCGACGACACCAGCGCCAGCAUCUCGUCCGGCUCCUCUUAUCCGGCCCGCGUCGACGUAUCAACACAGCAGCAGCAGCAAAAUUCACGGGGUCAGCUCACCAUGCCUCCGCACCACGACGCGUCUACGGGGACACAUGGACAUGACAGCUCGGUGCCGUCUCUGUCACCCGUCUCAGCAAGCGGAUGGUCGUAUCCGUUAGAUGCGCAAUCCGACUUGCAGAUGUACUCGCCCACAUCGUCUGCUUCUUACUCGGGCUUCCAUUCCCCGAUUGACAGCAACCCACGUCCAUAUGCGCUUGCAGGUGCGCUCCAACAACAGCAGAACCAGCAACAGCAACAGCAGUCGAACGCAGCGUAUCCGGAAUCGUCUCAGCGCAGCACUGAGCUCGCGCGCGGUGGACAUGGACACGGACACGGCCAGGCGCCGUCUCCAUAUUUUCCAGAAGCGCAACAACGGUGGGGAUAUGCACCAGGGCACGCACACGCAGCGCAUGACUUCGCACAGGACGCGGCGGCAGCGGCAGCAUUGUCAAUGUCACGCGGGCCGAUCAUGGACCACCCGCAGGUGCAGGCGCCUUCCGCAUCCGACGACGUCAGCCACAGCAACCACGGCCACGCGCGCAUACCGCCGGCCUUCGCGACCGGGAACGUGCCCGGCGAUGGCGGUCGGGUGUCCAUGUCUGCCGGGCCCGGGCCCGGACCCGGAGCGGCGGGCGAUCAACGGGCCCAGAGCGCCACCCGUCAACUGCACCAGGGCGUGUCGCUUAAUGGACGCGCGUUUCCCCAGCUUCAACACAACCACCACCAUCGCGACAUGUCUUCGCAGCAGUCUCAGCAGCAGCAGCAAUGGCUACCUCAAGGACAUUCUCAACAGUUGGGAGAUGCAAAUGCGCCAUUUUUACAGAUGCCCACCCCGAGAUCAGUAAACGCGCCUCAGCAGACGGGCAUGCGCAAUUUCUUUCCCUAUGACUCGAGAGGCGCAGGCGGGAUGAUCGAAUACGACAUGGAAAGCGAUGAUUUCGACCACGAGGAAUUUGAUGAUGGGUUUGAGGAAGACGAUGGUCCUGGCUCAGCAGGGCACAACUUGCAUUUUGGAAUACCUCCACCUGCAUCACCAACGCCCGAGCUGCAAUUUCCACAACACGUGUCGGGUACGCCCUCCGAUUUAAUGCGUACAAAUUUCAUGCUUUACGGCGCCGAUCCAGCAAAUUGGCCGAUGGAUAGCCUCGGGGGACUUGCAGGUGGAAGCGGCAUGAACUCACUCAUGGAAGCUGGUGGAGGGCCAGGCUCGGUGCAUCCUGGCUCCGCUUCGCCUCGCUCCAUGGGUGGUAGUAGCAAAGGGAAAAAAGUUCCAAACAUGAUGCCACCCGAACUCUUCAGACAGCCUGAAAGGAGAGAGAAGAGCAAGCGGGUGCAAGGCUCUGGAGCAGAAGAGAGCGAGGGCCAGACAGUGAAGGUACUCAUCGAGUCCGCGACACCAGGAGAACCUCCAAAGAAGGUCAAAAUGCACCAAUGCCGCAUCUGCCAAAAGCUGUUCCCCCGCCCAAGUGGAUUAGCAACGCACAUGAACUCGCACUCUGGAGCACGUCCAUUCAAAUGUCCACUUGCACUCUGCCCGAAGACAUUUGCCGUUCGUUCCAAUGCACGACGGCACCUCCGAACCCAUGGGAUCACCGUUCCGCCUAAUUCUCUAAACAAAAAUGGUUCGGGAAGGAACCAAGAAGAGCCCUUCCAUGUAGGUUUCGAGACACCCGUUGUCGUCGAUGUACAAGACCCUUCAGCAGGAGUAACAUCCGCCGACGGCGCAAGUGCAAGCGGAAAUGGUCGUCCGCCGAAGUUGCGUUGGGUCCCGCCGAGUCUAGCUACACGGACAAAUGCACCCCGCUUGCGUUCGCUAUCUCCUGCGUCGGACAUGGCGGAUAUUGACUCUCAGGACGUCUCUAUGGCUACUAGCGGCGGUGGAGGUAGACAUCCAGAACUAGGUCCGGAUGAGUUAAUGUUCUCGCGGCGUCCAUCAAACCUACGGAUCGCACCAGCACCUCUUCCUCCCGCCGUCCCCUCCGGCGACAACGGCGCAGCUGAUAUUAACGCACGCUUUGACGAGCGAAACUCGUAUGCGGAGGCUGGGACGUACCCAUACCAUCCUGAUCAGUUCCCUCGUCGGUGACGAGUAGUGGAGGUGUCUGCCCGGUCCUGGAUUGGUCCUUGCGCUUAGGAGUUAAUUGGCUAAUCCGAAACUGUGCGUGAUCGUGACGAUGGGUUUAUUAUUUUCGGUGGGGAGUGCGUUUCGUUUAAUGAAAACACAGUCAUUUUCUUGCCCGCGAUUUUUUUUUGUCUCCUCUGCUGGCAAGGUCGGCCAUACAUAUGUAUAUUCACGGACUGUGGCUGACUGAUUUCUCAUUUUGCUGUAAUGACAACGACUCAUUCAACUCAAAUUUUCCCUCCCCUCUCAACUUUUUGAUUUUACCGCUUGCUCACGCAUUUUUUCACAUUAUUGUUCAACCAUUUGUUAAUGAAACACCUUCCUCAUUCAUUCUUCUGUGCCUUUUCAUACUUGUUUAGCAGAGUUGACCUCUGACCCGUCCUGAUGCUUGUACGUUCAUGAACAAAAUCCUACUCGCACAAUAAAAAUCUCCAAAAAGACUCCCAUGACCAAUCUA